AUCAGUAAACAGAAUAAACUCUCUUCCAAGGCAGAGCAAAGCAAAACAAAAAAAAAGCAACUAAUCUCCUUCUCGAAGGUUUCUCUCUCGCGCAAAAUACUUCCCAGAAAGUGGAUAUUUUCCCGGAAAAUCGAAACCCAAUACACUCUUGAAAUCUUAGUUUCAAUACAGUUAGGGCUUUUGGCUUUCUGAGAGAAGUGGAAUCCAGUGGAUUACGGACGGUGGUGGUGCUAGUGCACUGAUGUAACUGGGUUGUAAUUGGUGAACUUGUGGAAAUUGAAGCAAUGGCUAUGUCAAAAAAGGUGAUUACAAGAGAAGAGUGGGAAAGAAAGCUUAAUGAUGUAAAAAUUAGGAAAGAAGACAUGAAUAAAUUGGUGAUGAACUUUCUUGUUACGGAAGGUUACGUGGACGCUGCUGAGAAAUUUCAGAUGGAAUCUGGAGCUGAACCAGAUAUAGAUCUUGCAACUAUUACAGAUCGAAUGGCUGCUAAGAAGGCUGUGCAGUGUGGAAAUGUUGAGGAUGCGAUUGAGAAAGUGAAUGAUUUAAAUCCUGAGAUACUGGAUACAAAUCCGCAACUGUUUUUCCAUCUCCAGCAACAGAGAUUGAUAGAACUGAUUCGCAAUGGCAAAGUAAAUGAGGCUUUGCAGUUUGCUCAGGAGGAACUUGCUCCAAGGGGAGAAGAAGAUCAUAGCUUUUUAGAAGAACUGGAGAGGACUGUUGCGCUGCUGGCUUUUGAAGAUGUUUCUAACUGCCCUGUUGGAGAUCUUUUGGAUAUUUCACAACGCCUUAAGACAGCAAGUGAGGUGAAUGCAGCUAUCCUUACAAGCCAGAGUCAUGAAAAAGAUCCAAAGCUUCCAAGCUUGUUAAAAAUGUUGCUAUGGGCUCAGAACCAACUUGAUGAGAAAGCUGCAUAUCCUCGAAUAAAGAAUUUAUCUACUGCCAUGCUCGAAGACCCUGCAGUUUGAGCUGCUCGCAAGUUCUCGUGGAAGAUUUCGCUUGGUCAAGAUUGCACAUGCAGAAACUGGAUGAUGGAAGGACAAAAUGUCUGUGCUUCUAUUACAAUGACUUUAGGCAGUCAGUGAUCUGUGGGAUGCUACUGUUUUACAAUUUGUUCGUUGUUCAUUCUCCUCUAUUCCAAAUCCUUGCACAGUAGAUAUGUUUACACGAUUUGCCUUCUUUAAAGUUGUGGAUUAUGGCAUCAUAUCCAAAAUCAUAAUGGCAUAAGUAAUUUCAAGGCUA